CAUAAUUUCGGAGUUACGGCAUUUUUCACUAGUCUUGCGUCGGACGCGCUUGCGGUGUGACGCAUUGUUAUUUAGUUUAUUUAUGUAUUUAUUUCAUAAUUAGCCGUAACACGAAAUAUUUUGUGAAACAAUUAAUUGAUAUAAGUGUGAUUAUUAAUAUUAUGUGAAGUUAUUGGAUUAUUUUCUUCUAUUUUAUUUAAAAAACGAUCUCCUCAAUCAAAAACAGAAUUAACGUUAUGCAAUAAAAAGAAACAAUGGCUGAUACAAAGGAUACUGAAAAAUUUAUAGUAGAAUCUAACAAUGAACAUGCAGAUAGUCAAAACAAUAGAGAUAUCAACACAAUUAAUUCCAUUAAAUCAGAGGAUAAAGGCACAGUUGUCCAUUAUUCAAGAGAUGAAGCUGAGUCACCCGUUGAAAGGGUGAAGUUCGAAGGAUUAGAUGAUAAUGAUAGUAUAUGUUCGGAAGAUAGCCAUGAUUUAACAAAAGCUCUUCCAGCUAUUCCAGAUGGCGGAUGGGGCUGGGUCGUAGUUGCUGCUGCAUUUGUAGUAUCAGCAUGUGCUGACGGCCUCGCAGUCUCCUUUGGUCUUCUACACGAAGAAUUCACUGCAUACUUUGAAACUACACAAUCAAAAACUUCAUUGAUUGGAAGUCUUUUUAUAGCUACUCCACUACUAGCAGGACCAGUAAUGAGUGCCUUAGUAGAUAGGUAUGGAUGUAGAAUCAUGACAAUGAUCGCUGGAGUUCUCUCCGCUCUGGGAUUCCUAUUAGCUUCUGUAAGUAACUCUGUGGGAAUGUUAUGUCUAACGUUUGGCUUCAUGAGUGGAUUAGCAAUGGGAAUCUUAUACGUGACUGCAGUUGUAUCUGUGGCUUUCUGGUUUGAUAAAAGAAGAAAUCUAGCUGUAUCUUUAGCCACGUGUGGCAUAGGCUUUGGCACUCUUAUUUAUUCACCAAUGACUCACUACCUCUUAGAAAUAUAUGAUUGGAGAAAUACUAUAGUUUUAUUAGCUGGUACUCUACUUAAUAUGUGUGUUUGUGGAGCAUUAAUGAAGACUCCAGAAUGGUUAGAAAUUAAACAAAAAAGAGAACGAAGACUCUCUAAAGCUAGAUCUCGAAGAUCAUCAAGUGCUGGUUCUACAUCGUCAAGAUCUAUAGGGGGAGAGUCAGCGUACUUAGACUCUGAAGAAUUAAAGACUUUAUUAGAAUCUGGUAAAAGCCCCGAAUAUAUUUUAGCGACAUUAGCAACUAGUAUAGCUGAAGCCGAACAACUGGAAGCUACAACUCAAGCGAAUGCGGAGAGCCCGAGCAAGAGAAUGCAUUCAGCUAUACAUCUACCAACAUUUGUUCAACAAAAUGAAAAGGUACCAGCUGAAGUAAUAGACAAAUUGAUGAAAAAUAGACGACUCUAUAACAUUAUUUUGCAAAAUUAUCCUGAUGUGCUAACGCGAAGACAUUCGGAUGUCAACGUCAAUAUUGAGAAUACAGAACAUACUAAAGGACCUGCAAAACUUCCCGUCGAAAUUAAAGCAAAGAAACCUAAAGAUGGAACUGAAGCAGAAGUUAAAAAAAGCGAGAGUGAGAAAAAGGCAGAGAAUGAUGCUGCAAAGACUGAAACUACGAAGUCUAAUACAAAUAUAAAUUUAACGAAACAGAAUGUCGCUGAGAAGGAUGCAAAGUUAUUGCAACAACAGCAGCAACAGAGUUGGUUUAAACAGAUGUCGACUGACCAUCAUUAUUUGAGAGAUGUCCCUUUGUAUAAAACAACAAUGAUGCACCGAGGUGCUAUGAUGUCUAUUACUAGGUACAAACUCAGAGCUUCAUCGCUACCAGAUAUGUAUAGAAACUCGUCGUGGUCUCUUUAUUCUGAAUCUGAUGAUGAAAUGAGAUGGCACACCCGCUGCUUUCAAGCUCUGAACUCCAUGUUCGAUUUCAAAAUGUUUACGGAGUUCCACUUUCUGCUGUUCAAUCUAUCGUGUUUGAUUCUUUCCGUGUGGUUUAUUGUUCCAUACUUCUUCCUUAAUUCCUAUAUGAAUGAAAUGAGCACACCAGGUGGACCUUUGAUGAUAUCUAUCAUUGGAGUUGCAAGUAGUAUUGGAAUUGUAGCUCUCGGCUGGGCUGGAGACCAGCCUUGGGUUAACGUCACCAAGACUUAUGCAGUAUGUCUCAUAAUCUGCGGCGCAACAGUUGCCAUCUACCCCUUGUUCAUCACCAAUUAUUGGGCCUUGACUGUCAACUCUACAUUCUUCGGCCUCACCGUCGCCAGUGCCUACUCCUAUAUGCCCAUGAUUCUCAUGGAGUUGAUGCCUAUUGAGAACUUCACUGUGGCGUAUGGACUGAUCCUUCUGACGCAAGGCAUUGGGCAUCUUGUUGGACCCCCUAUUGGAGGUAUGCUCUACGAUUUCACUGGAUCUUGGGAGCUGACUUUCUACAUAGCGGGGUUAUGGCUAGUCGUAUCAGGUCUUUUCGUGGGAGCCAUAGCAUACACGAAGAACCUACGAUUAUGUGGCACAUCCCCUCUUUUGAAGGAAGCUGCGGAAGCAAAGAAACUAAAUGAAGCUACAAAUGUGUAACUUGGAACCAUCGUAAUAAAGUUCCUUUAUAGUUCCGGA